UGUUUGUUGGUAUAUGACGUCACCCAGUCUGUAUGUGGUAGACGAGUUCCUUAGUAGCAUACAGGAACCCUCAAUUUUAUCCUAAUUCAUCAUGUCGGGGAAAGAAGAUCUUGACUAUAAUUCCGAAUCUCGUGACAGGUCUCGUUCACCAAUUGACAACGACCGUGAUGAUGACAGUGAUAGAGACCGAGAUCGUAAUAGAAGAUUAGACCGCACAAGACGUUCUGAGCGUCCACGAAAUACUGGGAGUGGACGCCGUGCACCUGCUGAAAGAAGAGUCUAUGUUUCUAAUAUUCCUUAUGAGUACAAAUGGCAAGACCUUAAAGAUCUAUUCCGAAAAGAAGUUGGCGAGGUGUCAUAUGUAGAGUUGUUUAAUGAUGAAAACAACAGACCUCGUGGAUGUGCUGUGAUUGAGUUUGAGAGUGCUGAAUUGGCUCAUAAGGCUGUAGAUACAAUGCACAGAUAUGACCUCAAAGGUCGCAAGCUAGUUGUGAAGGAGAGUGGACCUUCUUCACGCCAGGAUGACUAUGAUCGAGAUAGACACAGAAGCGUAAUGAAAACUGACAUGAGAGGUGGACGAGACUUUAACAGAGGGACUGAAGUUGGAACACCAAACAAAAUAGGGAAUACUUACGGCCUCUCAACUGUUUUCUUAGAGUCUCUAGGUAUUACAGGUCCCCUCGUGAAUAAAGUAUUUGUGGCAAAUUUGGAUUACAAAGUUGAUGAAAAGAUGUUGAAAGAGGUUUUCAAAAUUGCUGGCAAAGUUCUAUCUGUAGACAUCAGCAAAGAUCAAGAUGGAAAGAGUAGAGGAUUUGCUGUAGUAGAAUAUGAACAUCCUGUUGAAGCUGUACAAAGCAUAUCGAUGCUUCACAAUCAGACAUAUUAUGAUAGAAAAAUGAGUGUUAGGAUGGAUAGAGUUUCAGAAAAGCAAGAAUCCACCUCCUCUAAAUUACCCCCAGGUUUAAAGGGGGUGGGGAUGGGGCUGGGUGUAAAUGGCUCUGCGCUUAUUGAUGUAUCAGCUAUUUCAGGCAACGUUACUCCCAGUGUCACCAACAUGCCCAGUGUGAACCCAAUGGCUUCUGGAAUGGGCAAUCAGAAUAUGGGCAUGAUGACAAUGGGAAAUAUGGGUGGAGGUAUUGACACAAUGGGGGGUGGAAUGGGAGCUGGUAUGGGGGGUGGAAUGGGUGGUGAUGGGGGAGGAAUGGGAGGUGGUAUGGGGGGAGGCAUGGCAAACAUGGGUAAUAAUAUGAAUACCUCAAUGAUGGGCAUGGGUGGUGGUAUGGGUGGGUCAAACAUAGCUACAUCGGCAAGUAUGAAUAAUAACUUGGCAAGAAUAGGCGGCACAUUAGGCACGAGUGGGUUUAUGAAUUCUUCAAUGAAUAGUUCAGCCAUUGGUUCUGCUGGGUCAAUGGGAAGCAAUGUUGGUUAUGGAUCAUACGGAUCAUCAGGAAUCACCCGUGACUACGGCCAUUCUACGGGGACCUCAACCAGCAGUUAUUCUGCUGGAAACAGGAACAUAAUACAGAUAAGUAAUCUCCCAAUGGAUUAUACCUGGCAAAGUCUGCGAGACCUUUGUCGUGAAUUCGGAGACAUAAGAUUUGCAGAAAUUAGAAACAAGGGUACUGGUACUGUCAGAUUCCAGUCUGAAGCUGAUGCCCGUAGAGCAGUUGAAAUGUUGGAUCGGCAGCGUCUUGAUGGAAGGAUACUAGACGUCAUACAGAUGUAAGAAUUUGUGGUGAUAUGGUGCAUAACAUCACCUUGGCCGUCACAUCAUUAGGUGCUCUCUUCAGCUCUUCAGGUGGAGGGAGAGAAAGGACUGCUGAUGACGAACCAAGGUAAAACUGGUUACAAUAGGGGCUUAUGUCAUCUUGGACCAAUCUUUCGUCGGUUUUUAGAAUUUCUUGGACAUUUGAUGAAGCUGUGCGGUGAGCUUGUAUUCAAAAUUGUGGUUAAUUUGGAUGAAGUUGACUGGUUAGUUUGUGAAGAAUUUCUCAUUGGACUAUGAUUUGCCUUGGAGGAAUGUGGACUUGGAAUUGUUUACAGACUUCUUCUUUCUGUGACGUGGUGAUGUUCAUCAGUGUGAGGAGGAGGAGGAGGAAUUCAUAGAUUCCUUUCAUAAGUGUAUUUUCUUUCAUUAUGAUGAUAGCAAUCUAGAUGUUAGCUAAAUAGUCAGGUAGAGUUGCUUCGUGCAUACAAAUGUUCAAUAUUAGUGUAGUGUCUUAUUUUGAUUUUUAAGUAUAAGCAAAGUUAGAUAAGUAAAUAUUGUACCUGUUUAUAGCUAAAGAUUGUAAUCAGAAAAUAAAUCGGCUGUGGGCCUCA